GGCAAGCAACAUUGUAGACUUGAUGGCCAAGAAAAUAAUGGAAAAUGUUGCACUUCUGGUUCAAGUGAUUACAGUGACCCAAUUUACAAAGAAAUUGCUGUGACCAAUGGUUACAUUAACAGAAUGAGUAGAGAUGAACUCAGAGCUAAACUUGCAGAAUUCAAACUUGAAACCAGGGGAGUAAAAGAUGUACUGAAAAAGAGAUUGAAGAACUACUAUAAGAAACAGAAGCUGAUGCAGAAGGAGCCCAGUAAUGAAGACAGUUACUAUGAUUAUAUCUGUGUUAUUGACUUUGAAGCGACCUGUGAAGAGGACAAUCAGCCUGAAUUUAAGCAUGAAAUAAUUGAAUUUCCUAUUGUUUUAUUAAAUACUCAUACACUAGAAAUAGAGGAUACCUUUCAACAAUAUGUGAAACCAGAGAUUAAUCCUCAGCUUUCAAACUUCUGCAUCAGUCUGACAGGAAUCACUCAGGAUCACGUAGACAAAGCUGAUGCAUUUCCUCAGGUUCUACAAAAUGUUGUAGAGUGGAUGAAACAGAGAGAGCUGGGAACCAAAUAUAGCUAUACCAUACUGACUGAUGGGUCUUGGGAUAUGAGUAAAUUCCUGAAUAUCCAAUGCCGUAUCAGCCGUAUCAAAUAUCCCUCUUUUGCCAAAAAGUGGAUCAACAUUCGCAAAUCCUAUGGAAACUUCUACAAGGUUCCCAGAAACCAGACCAAGCUAACAAUCAUGCUUGAAAAGUUGGGAAUGAACUAUGAUGGACGCCCUCAUAGUGGACUUGAUGACUCUAAGAACAUUGCACGGAUAGCUAUCCGCAUGCUUCAGGAUGGGUGUGAGCUGCGUGUGAAUGAGAGAAUGCAUGGCGGGCAGCUAAUGACUGUGUCAUCCUCUGCCCCAGUAGAGGGCGCCCCUGCUCCACAACUGCCCCGUUAUAGAAACUAGCUUUUGAAACAUGCUGCAUUUGGGUCCAAUAGUGAAGACUGAAACUAUGAAUUGUUAAUGCAUCUUAUCAAGUGGUCAUUUCAGCGAAUCAGUUCUGCAAUGCAAAAAUCUAAAAGCACCUUGAACAACUUUUGCUGUUAAAAUAAUGGGGGAGUAUAUAAACUCUUUGUUAAAACUUGUGCCACAGCAUUUUUGGUCCUGAUCAUAUUUUUUGUAAGUCACCUUGACACCUUUUCGUAUAAGGUUGAUGUAUAGUAUGCUGCAGGAUGUUGAGAUUUUUUUUUUUUUAAAGAAAGUUAAAUGAAAAAUACAACACAUGGUUAGCCGUCCCUCACCCAUGUCAUAGGAAAGGUGAUGUUGUAGUACUGUUUAAAACACAAUGUACUGCACUAGUUUUUAGCAUCUUGACAAUGCUUUGCCUACAUAUACUGCACUUCCAGAACUGUACAGUAUACUGACCAGAUUGGCUUUAUUACUGUGCACAUUUCACAGUAGCAGACAACCUUCUCUUUUUAUGUAACAUAGAAGAACAGUGGGGACCGUCUUCACUGUUUUAAUUACUUUAAAAGCAUUGGAGAGGAGCGUACUUUUUAAGGAAUAUAGUUGUCAGUUUCUGUCUCUUAAAUAAUUGAGUAGGAUUGGGUGGCAAAAAACUGUGUAUUGAAUAAAGAGCUUUCAUUCACCGGC